GCCUGCGCUGUUCGUGGUCCACCUGGGAGCGAGACGGUGCAAGUGUAAACAUGUUUGCCCCCAACAUUGACCAGAUGCAUGUGGUGAAUCACCUGAAAGGCGAACCUUCCGAGGAGAAGAGAAACGUGUUGGUGGAGAGCGCGAGGCUGGCCCGUGGAAACAUCCAGGACCUGUCUAAACUCAGUGUCAAAGACCAUGACGCUAUUAUAUUCCCAGGUGGUUUUGGUGCAGCGAAGAACCUCUGUACGUGGGCAGUGCAGGGGAAGGACUGCUCUGUUAAUGACGAGGUCAAGGCGGUGCUGCAGGCGUUCCACGGCGAGGGUAAACCCAUCGGCCUCUGCUGCAUCUCACCUGUUCUGGCUGCCAAGGUGUUUCCUGGCUGUGAGGUCACCGUUGGCAUCGAGAAGGAUGACAAGUACCCCGACACUACUGACACGGCAGCGGCCAUCAACCAACUGGGCUGCAAACACAUGAGUAAGAGUGUCAGCGAGAGUCACUUGGAUGAGAAGAACAAGCUGGUCACCACCAGUGCCUUCAUGUGCAACGCUCCGAUCCACGAGAUAUUUGACGGAAUCGGAACGAUGGUGCAGGGCGUGCUGAAACUUGCUUGAUUCUACCAAUAUUCAAAGGAUGGUGGAAACAGGAAGAAAAUGAGGGACUGCCGUUUUAGUGAGCUCAACAGUAGCUGCCUGCUGAACGGAGAUAGUUAUAGACCCUACAGUAUCCCCUUGAUCAAAAGCACUUCAAGAUACUCAUAAUGUGUAUUACAUUACAUACAUUGUCUAAUUUAUGUAGCAAAAAUCUCUGUUUGACUCAAUCUUCAUUAAUUGUAUUGUAACCCAGUGGAUCAGUCUGUUAGAAAAUCAACAGCAGGUGUGGUCUUGUACCAAAAAAAUGCAAUAAAAUGUAAAAGUUU